AUGGCCAUGCCGUUCGCGCGCCGCGACAUCGAGGCGGCGGGCGCCGGCGCCGGCCCCGGCAGCGACGACUCUCCUGCCUCUAAGAAGGGCAAGCCGGAGCUAGCAGGGGCGCGCCCGGCUUUGACGAGGUCUGAGGCGUUCGCGUUCGCGGCCGUGCUCGCGCUCUUCACCGCCGGGAUCUUCUGCGUCUUCCUUACCGCGCCACGCGGCGAGUUCGGGCAGAUCCUCCGCCUCCCGCGCAGCCUCGCCGACGUCCGCCUUCUCAAAGACAAUCUUGCUGUUUACGCGAGAGAUUAUCAAACAAAUUUUAUAUUGGGUUAUUGCUCAAUAUACAUCUUCAUGCAAACAUUCAUGAUCCCUGGAACAAUAUUCAUGUCUUUACUUGCUGGGGCUCUUUUUGGAGUGAUUAAAGGUGGCAUUUUGGUAGUUUUCACUGCCACGGCCGGUGGAUCGUCCUGCUAUAUUGUCUCCAAGCUGAUUGGCAGACCCUUGGUCAGUUGGUUGUGGCCUGAAAAACUGAGAUAUUUCCAGUCAGAGAUUGCUAAGAGGAGAGAAAAGCUAUUGAAUUAUAUGCUUUUUCUGAGAAUAACUCCAACUUUGCCCAAUACAUUCAUAAAUAUGGCGUCACCGAUUGUUGACGUACCUUUCCAUAUUUUCUUCACUGCAACACUAGUUGGUCUUAUUCCAGCAUCUUAUAUUACUGUAAAGGCUGGUAGAGCCCUAGGCGAUCUGAAAUCAGUUAGAGAGCUGUAUGACUUCAAGACAUUAGUGAGAUGUAAAAUUGAAUGCUUUCUAAUACCAGAUGAUGCCAUCAUUGUAUCUGCAUGUCUCCUGUUCUUUGUUGAUCUGUACCAUUGCCAGUGCUUAUUAUGGGAACUGAGUAUUCAUGUUAUCGGUGUCCACGCUGGUCGUCACACUCAACCAGGCUGCUGCCGCUGCUUCACCAAGAUCCGGAAGACUGUGUGCAAGCUGCAAGAAACCGAGGACAUCCGGGCGAUUUCCUGCGACGAGGUGUCCGGGACGGUGAUGAUCUCGGGGGCCUUCGACCCACUGGUGCUCCCCUGCACGCUCCGGCGCAAGGCGGGCUGCCUGAUCAGGGACAUCCAGCUUGUGGCGGCAGAACUGAGGCUCACACCGCAGCGACCAGCCAUGCUGCCAAAGCCGCCCGGGCCGGACCCUGCUCCGUCGUGCUGCUGCGGUAUCUGCAUCUGCGGGUGUGGAGGCUACGACUACGGCUACGGCUGCCGCUGCUGCGGUUGCCAGACGUGCGCAUGCGUGAACCACCCCCGCCGUGCUACGGGGAGCUGCCGUGGGGGCAGUACCCAAAGAUCGAGGUCACCUGCGAGGAGGCGUCGUCUCCAGCGUGCAAGAUCAUGUGAUGUUUGUUAA